AUGGCCCAGUCAUCCAUCACCCUCCUGUCCGACCUCACCCCACCCUCCCUCGAACGAGCCUGGCUCACAGCUCCGCACCCCACCCUCCCCAUCGUCGCAACCUGCAGCUCCGACAAAACCGUCCGGAUAUACUCUCUUACCAAUUUCAAACUCCUCUCCACCAUCACGGGCGGACACAAGCGCAGUGUCCGAACUGCAGCAUGGAAGCCCCACGUGCAAGGUGAAAGCGUGCUCGCCACGGGCUCCUUCGACGCUACCGUCGGUGUCUGGCGACGCUGGGAUAGCUACGGCCGUGCUGAAGGGGGAAGUGUCGCCUGGGAUAGCCACGCCAAUGCCAAUACUGAGGUUGAUGUUGGCGCUGGAGCCAAUGGGUCCAGUCGUGCAGCGGCGGCUCGGAAUGGCACGGACGAGGAUGAUGAUGACGAGGAAUGGCGAUUUGCUGUGCUUCUGGACGGCCACGACAGCGAGGUAAAGUCGGUAUCGUGGUCAGCAUCCGGAAUGCUUCUGGCGACAUGUGCGCGCGACAAGUCGAUUUGGAUCUGGGAGGAUCUUGACGACGGGGAUAAUAACUUUGAGACGGUGGCUGUGAUGCAAGAGCAUGGCGGGGAUGUGAAAUGUGUGGCGUGGCAUCCUGCGGAGGAGUGUCUUGCGAGUGGUGCUUACGAUGACACGAUUCGGAUCUGGAGGGAGGAUCUGGAUGACUGGGGUCAAGUGGCGUGUCUCAAGGGACAUGGCGGGACGGUGUGGUUUUUGGAUUGGGAGAGCGUGGAGAAUGUGCCGUCGUCGUCGACGAAUACGAACAUAAAUGGGGAAAUGGACGAGGAGAAGCCGACAGAGUUGGCGAAGCAGUGGCGAGAACACCAUGCCAUGUCCGGACCUCGUUUGAUUUCGUGCUCAGACGAUCGUACCGUUCGAGUUUGGCGCCGGUUGCCAAAGGAAGGUCAUGCGUUUGGGGCGAACGCGUCCGCGACGACCGGGAUCCCAAGUAUCAUUCGGCCUACGGGGUCUGACGAGAGCUGGGUGGAGGAUGCGGUGCUGCCCCAUGCGCACGAAUUGACCAUCUAUGCCGUGGCAUGGAGUCGUCGCACGGGACUCGUUGCAUCUGCUGGUGCGGACGGACGAAUUGUGGUGUAUGAGGAACGUCUGGUUCAAGAUUCAAAGCAGACCAAAUCCACUUCGACCACCGAUGAUCCUGCUGAUACCGUGGAUACCGUGGAUACCGAGAUAACUCAGCAGAAGUCUGCACCUCCCCUUCAAACGGAAUGGACCAUUUUGGCGGUCAUGGAUGGCGCACACGGAAUCUACGAGAUCAACCACGUUGCGUGGGCCAAACGAGCGGAUCGUGGAUCAGCAGCAGGACGAGAGGCGGCGGAGGAGGUGCUUGUGACGACCGCCGAUGACGGCAGUGUGAAAGUGUGGACAUUCGAGCGAUAG